AUGAAAUUGCUAGGAAAGUGGACUAAAGAUACGAGAACAUACAAUUUACCGGCUGUAUCAGAAGUAGCAGCUUUGAUAGUUGGCGAUCUUGAGCCAAAUAUGGGAGAAAGGGACAUUCUGGUAGAAACUAAUAGCGGCCAACUAAAGAGAAUCAGCACGCUAAACCCACCGUACUUACCGUUGCAAUACCCAUUACUAUUCCCAUACGGUGAGGACGAGUAUAUGGAUGAUAUCCCUUUUAGUGUACUAAGAGGGUUUGGUUCAAAAUGUAGACAAAGAAUUAGUCCAAGGGAGUAUUUUGCUUUUAGGCUCCAUGAACGAGCAUUGGAAAUGUUUACUUUGUUGUAUUCGCGGAGGUUGUUCCAGCAAUUCCUUGUGGAUGGUUACACUAUGGUAGAGUCGGGGAGGCUACUUUAUAUCAGGACGCACCAGAAAAGACUAAGGUGUGAGUCUUAUAGUUGUUUAACUGAUGCCCUGACAUGUGGUGAAGUAAACCCCGCUGCACAAGGUUGUUGGGUAAUUCUACCAUCAAGUUUUACUGGUGGUGCACGUUACAUGAUACAGAAUUACCAGGAUGCAAUGGCAAUCUGA